AUGUCUUCCCCCAGAAUAAAGGAUGCUGUCUUCCUAAUAUUGACACAAACUGCAACAAAAGGAUUCACCUUCAUAUCGAAUCAACUUCUUCUUCGAAGAAUCACGCCAGAAGUUUUCGGAGUUGCUGCGUACUUCGAGUUUAUCAUCAACACUGUUCUAUUCUUCUCUCGGGAGGCAGAACGCAUGUCUAUUCAAAGAAUCAAUGAUGCUGAUCAGAAGAACGUGCGUCAAGCUGUCAUAAAUUUUGGUUGUCUUCCUUUCUUUCUCAGUUUACCGAUAUUUGUUAUCGUAUAUCUCAUGCAGAGAUCCUCGUCAUUGUAUACUGAUACUAUCUGCAAAUUGGAUAAUUUUCAGGUUCUAUUGGUGAUCCUUGUAGCACUGGUUCAAAUUGAGCUACUUGCAGAGCCAUUCGCUGCCUUGAAUCAGUUUGCAGUCAACUUGAAAGCAAAAUCAAAGGCGGAGGGUCUGGCUGUAUUUGUGAAGUGCGUGGCCACUGUGGCGCUGAUCAUACUAAUUCAAAAAAAGAGUUUGAGCCAUGUUUCUCAUGUGUUUGCUUUUGCAGUGGGCCAUCUUGCUUAUGCUUUGACCAUUUUUGUAGUCUAUUGGAGCUCGUCAGUAACAUCAUUCCCAAUCCCAAAAAAACUCAAAGACGGAAGGCUCUUGGACAGAAGCACAGUCCCAAUUUGGCGUUCUUUGUCACUUCAAAUGAUAUUCAAGCAUCUUUUGACAGAGGGUGACACCCUUCUUGUCAGCUAUCUUUUUACAGUGUCUCAACAAGGAGUUUACUCACUCAUUUCCAACUAUGGUUCACUCCUAGCACGUCUUCUUUUCCAGCCGAUCGAGGAAACGCUACGCGUUUCUAUGACAAAAAUUAUUUCAAGCAAGAACGCCGAUUUGAAACAAUCGUACGAGUUUAUGUCUACGAUGACCGUUUUCUAUACAAAUUUAUGUGUUCUCGUUCUUCUCGGUGGAUACACUAAUGGAUCAUUCAUGCUACGUUGUGUUUUAGGCAAUAGUGCCAACUGGCUGGGAUCAGAUAUCUAUUCGAUGUUUCCGUUCUAUAUCUUGUACAUUCCUUUUAUGGCAUUCAACGGAAUUUUUGAGGCAUUUUUGAGCAGUGCUUCAACUCACAAAGAAAUCGGACGCUUUUCUGUGUUCAUGUCUAUUCUGAGUAUCAUUGUCUUGACCAUUCUGUACGUCUUGAUAGGGAAAUUGCACAUGGGAAUUCUCGGACUCAUCAUUUCCAAUAUCAUUAACAUGACGAUGCGGAUCCUGUAUUGUCUUGUAUUCAUGUCAAACUUUUUUAAAAGUAAGGUGGGAGUCAAGGCUGGUCCGUUGAUUAGGAGGCUUUCAAACCCAGUAGGACUUGCUCUUUCUGCAUUUGCGGCUCAAUACUUGAUUCUCGGGCAUCUGAUGACAGAAACCCCAAGGGAGUUUAUUGUCAGUCUAGCUAUGUGUUUUGUAUGCCUCUUGGGUUGCGUCUGGAAUGAACGAGGAUUACUUCUAAGCAUCUUCAAUAAGAAAACUAAAAGCGACUAG